AGGCCCCUCCUGAUUACCCUAGUUAUUUGCUUACCUCACAAUAAUCACGGCCUUUUUAUUAUUUGAGCUGCUAACCAGCGAUAUCUCGCUGUCCCUACUGAAAGCAGCAUCUACAGACACUGAAAACUGAAACGACAGGAAAAGCUACAUUUGCAAAACUGACGUUGGGGUUUUACAUAUUCUUGUACCUGACUACAAACUCCAUUUUAAUAAUUCGAAUUGUCAUACGGAAAAAAAAUAAAAAACACAAAGAGCUCCAUCAUGAUUGUUCAUAAACCUCUGAAGAUGCUGCCCUCCUCCUUGCGAGUCGUUUCGUUUGUAGAGUCAGUAGCACUCCUACUCGCUCUACAAGCUUCUUCGUUAUUGAUCUCCAUGCCCCCCACUAGUGUUGCGAGGGUGCAGAAGAUGCGUGCUACUUCUGCCACGCGGGCACUAGAUUUGCAGCAUUGCUUCGACCUUGCGACGGACGUGCAGUAUUAUUGCCAUGAAAAACCGCGGGACAAUAUGGAUGCCGUUCUGGUCGAGUACGUGACGACAAAGAAGACGGCGAAGGUGCGAUACAUAUGCGAUACAUAACCAAAUAUUCGAAAGAAGGAAGAAAUUUCUAAAAUCUCCAAUCUGUGAUGAUGAAUUUCAGAUUAUGACUAAAUCCAUGCCACAUCAAAUAUACGAAAAUCAUCUUCAAGAUAUCGAUCGAAAACAAAAUUCUUUUCAGAACAGAAAUAGAUCUGGAAGAUUUUUCCAUGAAAAAUCAUAUAUCGAUCGAUUCAUCGAGAAGAAUGGAGAGAAG